AUGCUGGCAAACCCCAUCCUUGAGGGUGAUGAUUCGUCCGGAACAUUCAUCACCGAGGAGGGCUAUUGUUGGUCUAGAACAUACACCAAUGACUCAUUCAAUGAGGAUAUCAGCUAUGGCACAAUUGCUAGCCCCGAGAAGUCCUGGAAAGACAAAGAACGUGUCAGUGAGGAACCUCCCACCACACUCGGAGUAAUGGGGUCUGCCGGAAGAUCAGGGAGCAACGAUUCUACUGCGGGAAAAGGUUCUUUAUCUUCUUCGUCGACUCUUCUCACUUCUCACUUGUCACGGAAACCCGAGGAAGUUUCACUCGACUCUCAGGAGUACCUGAUCCGGAACUCAUUGCAGAAACUGAUUCUUGUGCGCCACCAUGGUUUUUCAAGCUCUUGUAAAGAAGUUUGGUAA